AUGACCGAAUCAUCGAAAAUGAAGCCUAUUUGGCAACCUACCUUGCCCCAGCAUCAGAUUCCGAUGAACAUCUAUCGAGCGCAUGUCAACCAAAAGUUCAAGCAGCGACUGAGCUCCUCUCAGGAACUGCAUCAAUGGUCUGUCGACAAUUUGCAAGAUUUCUGGCUCGAUCUUCAUCAGUAUACGGGCAUUAUUCCAUCCUUGCCUCCGACGAUGACAUCUGCUUUUGAUGAUAGUGCGCCUAUGGAAACUGUGCCAGAGUUCUUCCGUGGAGCAUGUGUCAACUAUGCUGAGAAUGUGCUCUCGGGCCGGGACUUGGAUAAGACUGCGCUUGUUGGAGUUCGCGAGGGCCAUGACUUGAACGGCGAGGUUUGGACGUGGGGAUUGUUGAGGGAGAAUGUUCGAAAGGCGAGGAGUGCUCUGCUUCAACUUGGAAUCAAGGAAGGUGACCGGGUGGCUGCAAUUAUAUCCACAAGCGUUUGGUCAGUGGGCCUUUUCCUGGCGACAGCAAGCAUUGGAGCCAUUUGGACUAGUAUUGCGCCGGAUUUGGGCAACGAACAAGUGACUCCUCGGAUUCUAUUUGCUGAUGGCGAGUCAACAUACAAGGGAAAAAUGAGAUCAAAUGUUCUCAAGAUACAUAACAUCUUCACGGCCAUGAAAGUCAAGCCACAGGUAUUCUUAAUUCCUAUCACUGGCGCUCAUGAACCGGCUUUCCCAAGCCUUGACACGUUCCUCGCGAAGUCACUACAAGAAGAACCAAUUGACUUUAAAAGAGUAUCCUAUUCUCAUCCCCUCUAUAUCCUCUAUACGAGCGGUACUACUGGCCAGCCAAAGUGUCUGGUCCAUAGCCACAGUGUCAUUCUACAACACAAGAAGACGUCUGUGCUGCACAACUCGCUCGUGCCCGAAGAUGUCGUCUUCCAAUAUAGCAGUACCUCGUGGGUAUUGUGGAACAUUAUGAUUGGCCAUCUCUCAGUAGGCCCAACGUUGAUUCUGUACGAUGGAUCGCCUUUGUGGCCCAGCGCGAAAGAAAUGGCAAAGAUCGUGGAGUAUCAUCGGGUCACUUACUGGGGUUGCUCGCCUCGCUACCUGCAGGAACUGGAGAUGACCGGGUGUGUUCCAAAGAGUGAGUUUGAUCUGUCAUCUCUCCGUAUGGUUCAAACGGGAGGCUCGCAUCUUGGUGAAGAUCAAUAUCAAUGGUUUUACCGUGCAUUCCCGCCCACUGUCCAUCUGACUAGUGUUACUGGAGGCACUGAUCUGGUGACUUCUUGGAUCGGGACUGACCCCGCUGGUCCGUUGUAUUCGGGAGAAAUCCAGCUGCCGAUGUUGGGACAGGAUGUAGAUAUUGCGGAUCCUGUCACUGGAGAAUCGAUCAAAGAGUCCGGUAGACAUGGAGAGUUUGUUUGUCGCAAGCCAUUCCCAUCCAUGCCUGUCUUUUUCUGGGGCGAUGAAAAUGGAGCAAGAUACAAGGCUACUUAUUUUGACAAGUUUGAGAACUGCUGGGCCCAGCAUGACUGGGCUAGCUAUAACCCGCAAACAAAGGGCUGGCAGAUCCAUGGCAGGAGCGAUGGUGUUCUGAACCCACAAGGGAUUCGAUUCGGAAGCUCUGAUAUCUACUCAAUCACCGAGUCUGCCCCUUUCAACUCGGUGAUCUCUGCCACUCUAUGCGUUGGUCGGAGAAGACCUCAUGAUUCAGAUGAAGUGGUCUUUCUGUUUGUGGUCAUGCAGUCUGGCAACUCAUUUACAGGCCAACUAGCAGUCGAGCUGAAGGAUGCAAUUCGUAAUGGGUUGAGCGGUAAACAUGUUCCUCGCUUCGUCAUUGGAGUGAAAGAAAUUCCCAUGACGGUAAAUGGCAAGAAAGUUGAGACCUUGAUCAAACAGGUCAUCUCUUCUGGUCAAUUGCCAAAAACUAUCAGUAGCACCGUGGCGAAUCCAGGGUGUCUCGAUCAUUUCAGGCAGUAUUAUGAGCUUGAGGUACAAAGUGCCAACAGAGGCAAGCUAUAG